AUGUUAAAAAUAUAUUCAAUCUUGCCUUUCAAUAAGUUUGCGAGCUUUAUCUUUUAUGGUCUAUUAUCAGUAGCGUUAAUAACGUUAGCACAGGAAGAUACUAUAGCUAGCAAUUGUAUAGUAGAACCUUUAGCGCGAGUGGAGGAAGCAAAUAAGCAAAAAACGAUAGGAUAUGUCCAACUUUUUAGUCAAUCAAAAAUACCAAAAAUUCAAUGGGAUAACUAUGAUUAUAUAAAUGUUAUUGCAUAUCCAAAUGAAGCAAAUGGAGGAAAAUAUUAUACUAUUUUUCGUCCAGGAGGUUCAGCAAAUGAUGUUAGUGUUAAAUUAAACCUAAUAAAAGAUUUGGUUACGGAUAAAGAUCGUGCUAAAGCAAAUACUCAAAUUCUUCUUUCAUUAAGAAAUUAUGACAUUGGUAAAUGGCCGCAAGGGCAAGCUGAUGAAGAAUAUCAAAGAAUUAUUAACGAUGCAACUAAAACUAUAACCGAUUAUAAAUUAGAUGGUAUAGACAUUGAAUAUCCUGGAAAGAGGGGAAAUAUAUGUAAAAGUCCUAAAAAUCCUGAGCCUAACCAUUUCAUAUGGGAUAAAAAUAAUGAUGAAAGAUUCAUUACAUUUUUAAAAGACCUUCGAGAAGAAUUGAAUGGAAAAACAUUAAUGUUGACUGUUGGUAGAGAUGUAAUUGGAAAUUUAAAAGAAAUUGAUUAUCUUAACAUUGAAACUUAUCAUAAUAGUAUAUAUCAAAAUUUAAAAGCGCCAGACAAUAACAACUUUAAUUCAUAUCCAAAUUCUCCAUUAGAUGCAUGCCAAAUUGCAUAUUCAGCGUGGAUUGGCGUUGGAAUCAAUAGUAGCCAAAUAAUUAUGGGUGUAGAUUUUGGGAAUACCAUUCAAAUGGUACCUAAUGAAGCUAUUAAACAAACUCAAUUUGUUACGUUUCCAAAAUCUGCUUCUUUCUAUGAUUUUAACAAGCUAAAUUAUCAAAUCCAACCAAUCAGAGAUUUUUGUCCUGAAAACAAUUCUAAUCUCUAUUCAUGGCCAUGGAGAAAUCUUUCAAAUACCGUUCUAAAUUCAUCACUUGGAUUUUGUGCUACGAGUAAUCCUAAUUGGACACGUAAAUUUGAACCAACAGAUAAUUCUGGUACUCCAUGGCUAUAUAGCAAUGCUGAACUUGAUUUCCAGUUUUUGUAUGUAUCUUAUGAAGAUGUUAGUUCAUUACGUAAUAAAUUAGAAUUUGCAAUGGCUAAAUCACUCGGAGGAAUAUCAAUAUCUGACGUUAGUUAUGAUGAUAACGAUAAUACUUUAUCAAAUUUUAUGCAACCAAUACGCGGCCUGCCAUUUACACCUGGAAGUUCACCUAAUUCGAGGAUGAAGAAAGGAAUUAUCACCGGUUCAAUUGUUGGAAGUGUAUUGGGUCUGUUUUUAUUAGUAUGCUGCGCGUAUUGGUAUCGUCAAAAAACUCUUCGUAAAUCCGAAGUUGAUAUUAGUCCAGAAUUAUCAUCAAAUCGAAUUGUUUCUUCGACAACUGUUAUACCGAGUGAUCGACGGAUCAUCGAUCAUCUAAUUAUCGAAUGA